AGUGACUCGGACUCUCUGUGUCUCUGCAGACAUGAACUCCUGAAGACGAGUCUCCAUCAGACCUGCAGUCAGCUCUUCACUCCUCCAUCCCUCCUCCUCUCUUCACCAUGCCCCCCUCCUCUCUUUCCUCUCCUCUUCCUCUCCUUCCUCUUCUCUCCUUCCUCCUCUUGGUGCCGGCUCUUCCCACCCCUCCCUCCCCAGAGUCCCGCAGGGCGGACUACAAACCCCCCGACACUUCCUUCACCCACCUGACGGUCCACCAGAGGACGGGCGAGGUGUUUGUCGGCGCCGUCAACCGGGUCAUCAAGCUGUCCCCCGACCUGGUGGAGCAGAAGAGUCAUGUGACCGGACCGGUGGAAGACAACGCCAAGUGUUACCCGCCCCCCAGCGUCAGGGCGUGCGCUCACCGGCUGGACUAUACAGACAAUGUGAACAAGCUCUUACUGGUGGAUUAUACUGGGGACAGACUGGUGGCGUGCGGCUCCAUCUGGCAGGGGGUCUGCCAGUUCCUCAGGCUGGACGACCUCUUCAAGCUGGGAGAACCUCACCACCGGAAGGAGCACUACCUGUCUGGAGCCAAGGAGCCUGAUGGGAUGGCAGGUGUGGUGGUCGGAGAGGAAGACUGGACGUCCGAGUCUCGCAGGAAGAAGCCGCUGAAAGGCAGCAGCCGCCUGUUCAUCGGCGCCGCCAUCAACGGGAAGUCGGAGUACUUCCCCACCCUGUCCAGCAGGAAGCUGGUGGCCGACGAGGAGAGCGACCACAUGUUCCUGCUGGUUUACCAGGAUGAGUUUGUGUCCUCGCAGAUCAAGAUCCCGUCGGACACGCUGUCCACGUACCCGGCCUUUGACAUCUACUACGUGUACGGCUUCUCCAGCCGCACCUACGUCUACUUCCUGACGCUGCAGCUGGACACGCAGCUGACCCAGAUGGACGCCGGCGGCGAGAAGUUCUUCACCUCCAAGAUCGUCAGGAUCUGCUCCAACGACACCGAGUUCUACUCCUACGUGGAGUUUCCUCUGGGCUGCACCAAAGACGGCGUGGAGUACCGUCUGGUCCAGGCCGCCUACAAGCAGAAACCGGGCCGGCGGCUGGCCCAGGCGCUCGGCCUGUCCGAGGACGACGACAUCCUGUUUGUGGUCUUCUCACAGGGUCAGAAGAACCGCUCCAACCCGCCCAGAGAGACGGUCCUUUGUCUCUUCACCCUGCAUGACAUCAACCUGGCAAUGAAGGAACGGAUCCGGUCCUGUUACCGUGGAGAGGGACAACUCACGUUACCAUGGUUACUCAACAAAGAGAUUAACUGCAUCCACACGCCGAAGCAGAUUGGAGACGAUUUCUGCGGCCAGGUGCUGAACCAGCCGCUGGGAGGCCUGAGGGUGAUCGAGGGACACCCGCUGUACGAGGACCGCACCGAGGGGAUGGGCGCCGUGGCGGCCUACACCUACGGAGAACACACUGUGGUGUUCGUGGGAACCAGGAGCGGACAGCUGACCAAGGUAGGAUGGAUGGAUGGAUGGAUGGAGACGCUGGAGCAGGUGGAGGAGCAGAGAGGCGCCGUGAUUGGCCGACGGAGCGUGUGGCGCGGCGGCGUGUUUCCUCUCCCCUUCAGGCCCGUUUGUUUUGGAAGCAGAACAAAGACCUCCACACACACCCAUCCUCCUGGGACCCCCCAGCCUUCCUGCCGCCGCAGCGUUCUGGUGACAUCACCCCCUGUCUGGACCAAUCAGCUGUCAGAUCAGCUGAUAUUAUUCCUGCCUCCAUAG